CGAGAAUGUUUACCAUCCGAGCGAGUGAGUAAAUGUUCCAACCGAAAGCGCCGUGGUUCUUGCGUCAAGUAACAGGCGCUGUCGGAUUCAUCCGGUGAAAGGUGAGAAAGAGCAGCUCGUUCCUCUGGGAACAGGCGGGUUUUGGACGCUCGCUACGCUCUCCGGGACGCAGCGCGCGCAGAGGGCAGCAGCGCUAUGAAAGCGGAGGUGUCCGCGGCCGCGAGCUUCAUCACGAGGCUGCUGCGCGCCGCCGGCCCGCUGUCCGAGGAUGAGCUGCGGCGCUUCGGCGCGUCGCUCGAGAGCGCGCUGGGGGAGCACUACCGGCACCACUGGUUUCCCCAAACGCCAUGCAGAGGCUCCGGCUACCGUUGCAUCCGAAUCAACCACAAACUAGACCCUCUGAUUGGCAAGGCAGCCCGCACCGUGGGCCUGUCCCGGGAGCAGCUCUUCGCCCUGCUGCCCAGUGAGCUGACCAUGUGGGUGGACCCGUAUGAAGUGUGCUACCGUAUCGGGGAGGAUGGCUCCAUCUGCGUGCUGUAUGAGUCAGCGCCACCAGUGCCUCUGAAGGAGGACAGAAGGACCAGGUGUAAAGAGGAGCUCCAUAUGGGGACAGCCAGCUCUUCCAAGUCCUACAGUAUGAUGACUGUUUCAGGGUAACUGUAUUUCUACCUAAAAGUGUAUUGGUUACAUGUAUUUCCCCACAUUCAAAGUGGAUUUUUUUACACUUUCUUUACUGUUAGAGUAUUAUUGCUAGAGAACUUUUUGCCUGUGAGCAGGGCUUUUGACAAAAGUAGAUAUGAUGUCCCAUUUUGGAUUUAGUAAAGUAAAAUACUUGCAAAGGUAUACUGUAAAUGUUUUACAAAUUUAUAUUAAAAUACACUGAGAAUUUCUAAUAAAGCUCCAGUACCUUUAUUAUCUCCAGAGCAUGAAGUCAUGUUAGAAUUUUUCCAACUAGCACACCCACCUAU